ACUUCGACUUGAGAAACUGGGGUGUUAUAAAUAUAUUUUUAUAUAUUUAUGUGAUAAGAAUUCAAGCCAGCAUCGUAAGCUGGCCAAUUACAAAAAAAUACAUACCGGCGACAAGCCGUACACGUGCUCCUACUGCCAUAUGCAGUUCAGGCAGCAGGGCACGCUCAUCAGCCACAUAAGGACGCACACGAAUCUCGCCAGCCAGCCAGCAAGAGUAGAGCACUCGGUCAUGCCAGCACAUCUCGGACACGGUGCACAGCAGCUGACAAACGGUCUGCUGCCCAACAAUCUGCACAACACAACACCCAACUUCCUCCAGCUGGAUCACCAUCCGCUGCUGCAUUUCCUUGAAGGCAGCACAACAGUAAGCUCUUUGGUAGCCAGCAAUGCGGCGGCGGCGGCGGCGUCUGCUGCAUCAGCGGGAACAGCGGCGUCUAACCCAAAACCCGAACCCAGCCAGGCCGAGCAGGGACCUCGAAUAAGUGUGGGCAACAUUAAUAUGCUGAGGAGCGAUAAUCCGGAUCGGCCGUUUGGCUGCAGCGUCUGUCGGCGCUUCUUCUCACAGCAGAGCACCCUGGUCAACCACAUUAAAACGCAUACGGGCGAGAAGCCGUACAAGUGUAAGAUCUGUGAUGCUAGUUUCCGGCAGGUGGCCACGCUCAACAACCACAUGAAGAUCCACACCGGCGAGAAACCCUACAACUGUUCCUACUGUCCCAAGCAAUUCCGGCAAAAGAGUACCCUACAAAACCAUCUGCGCAUUCACAAGUGCUAGCUUGGUUCCGCCGCCAGCAUUACGGAAAAGUGGAAGAAACACAGUUAUACUAGAUGCCGAUACAGUUACAUACACAAUAACAAGCGCAAUACAUUUAAAUAAAUUUAAAUAUACUCAAAUGUACUCAAACGGGUUAUUUACCUGCUAUGCAGAACGCAAUUGAAUAUAAACAAAUCUCAACCGUAGCAUGUCCAACAUUUGUACAUAUGCAUGUGUUUGGGAGACAUUUGAAUUUAAACUAGUCUAAAUUUGAAUUGUACUCCCGUUAACGUGUUAAAUGCUAAGUCGAAUUUAAUGUGACGCAAAUAUAGUAAACGCUCUCUUACCGGC